UUUGCCAUUAUUUUCAGCGUUUAAAGCUUUUUGAACGUCACAGUGUAACAUUAUUUUUAAAAUAUUUUUUCUGACAGCCUGCCAGAUGUUUUUUUCAAGUUCAUGUUAGGAAAAUAUGUGAACUCUCUGCAGGGCUCUUGCAUGAAAGAGAAAACAACACGACAUUCACUGGUAUCAUCCCACAGGAUUAAUGCUGCUUACUUCAUGGUUUGGGCUAUAAAAUACUGGUUGCGCAUAAGAACCAUCUGCGCAUAAACGAUGCUCCUCUCCAACAUAACAGACUCUAUGACAGGCAUGGUGCCUCUGUCGGUGGACUUCGAUAGUCCUGAGGAUUAUUUCAUCUUUAUUUUCCAGAUUUUAUUCGCCACAGCUACUGUUCUGGUGGCUGGAACAGUAGUUAUUGGCAUCUUGGCCACCAAAGCGCUGCGCCUCCAGAACAGGUUCAUUUUCAUGCUCAACACCAGCAUCUGCGACACGCUGGUUGGCUUUUCUGUAUAUUAUCUGGGUCUGUUUGACGUUCAGGAGGGAUAUCCUUCCAGAAACGGCACUUACAACGUGUUACCGUCACUUCUAGGCAUUAAUAUACUGACGUUUCUGUUCGCGCAGUUUGACCGGUAUUUUGCAGUGUGCCAUCCCUUCAUCUACAGCCGCUUCAUCACCAGACAUUUCGUGAUUGGCAUCAACCUGUACUGCUGGGUUUACAGCUUUGCGCACUUGCUCGCCAGGAAUUUGCUGCCGCUUUCCAAAGCCAUACAGCUGUACGUGUUCAGCAUCGUCUUCUUGCAGCUCAUCGUGUUCACCAAAGUGGUCAUGACGAUCAAAUUGUAUGUUAUUGCCAGAUACCAGCUGGCGCGAGAUCCUCCCAGCGCAGAGAGGGAGAGCAAAAAGGAGUCUCUGAGAAUAGUGAUAUUUGUGGUCAUAAGCUUCUUGGUGCUGUGGUGUCCGUCCUUUGUUAAUAUCAUCAUCAGAUUUGUGGCAGGAGGAGGGUUGACUUUCAGAAACGAGGCCACCAAUCUGUUCGCCAUCCUGGCUCGCUUCAACACCUUGUGCACGCCGUCUGUGUACAUCUGGGGGAGUCCUGCUCUGAGGGAAGCCAUGCUGAAGACGGUGUGGGGCAGAGCGUGUCCACGGUGCAAGAGGAGAGUCGAAUCCUGUCACGGGAAGGCAGAUACCAGUAAGUCAUGGAAAUAACAAGGACUCCACUCAGCACUUUAUUCUGACAUCCGUGGGUUUGUCAUCUCUUUAUCUCCAGCCUAUUUAAUAUACAGCCAGUGAGGUUU